AUGACAACGCAGAAGGAUUUCUCAUGCAUUGGGGGGUUGGAGAAACAUAUUAAAAUUGUUAAGGAUAUGGUGUUGUUUCCGCUGAUGUAUGGAUGGGUUUAUUCGAAAUUUCAUCUGAGGCCUCCGAGGGGGUUAUUGUUUUAUGGACCACCAGGAACCGGAAAAACAUUGGUGGCAAGUGCGCUAGCAGUAGAAUGCAGCAACGCCGAUCGAAAGGUGUCCUUCAUCUCCCGAAAGGGAUCAGACUGUCUGUCGAAAUACGUAGGGGAGAGUGAGAAGAAACUCCAGAAGAUCUUCACAAUGGCGCAGCAGAGCAAACCCUGCAUAAUUUUUUUCGACGAAGUGGAUGGUCUGGCUCCAGUGCGAACGAGUCGACAGGAUUUCGUUCAUGCGAGUGUCGUAUCGACUCUCUUGGCACUGAUGGACGGCUUGGAUAACAACUCGGAAAUCAUCGUGAUCGGGGCGACCAAUAGAUUGGACGCCAUCGAUCCUGCUCUGAGAAGACCCGGGCGGUUCGAUAGGGAGCUUUAUUUUCCAUUACCCUGUUACACCGCGCGGAAGGAUAUUUUGUCUGUUCACGUGAAGAAUUGGAAGCAGAAACCGGCGGUCAAAUUCAUAGCUUAUCUGGCCUCCAAGACGGUGGGCUAUUGUGGGAGUGAUUUGCAGGCACUGUGUGCUGAGGCCGUCAUGUGCUGUGUCAGGAGACAUUAUCCGCAGAUCUAUACGUCCAAGGCGAAACACCAGAUCAAUGAGAGAGCUUUAAAAGUAGAGAAACAAGACUUUAUCAAAGCCCAACAGAACAUAGUGCCAGCAUCGCAUCGAGUUUCAGUAAUUCCCGUCAAGUGUCUCACUCCCAAAGUAUAUCCCCUCCUCCAAGACACUCUGUACACAAUCCUCACUGUUAUCCAGGGGAUUUGUCCGUCCGGAAUGAUGACGUCAGAGAAUCCGGGUAAUGAAAUUUUAUCGACGAGUACGAGAUGCCCGAGGCUACUGCUGCACGGGGAUGAUGACUGUCAUACCCGUCAUCUGGCACCGGCACUUCUGCACAAUCUCGAGCAUCUACCCUGUCAUGUCCUUGAUGUAACUUCGUUAUUUGAAGAGACGGGGCGAGCCGCUGAGGAGACUAUCAUUCAGAAGGUGAAAACAGCGCGGCAUACCCUUCCCUCCCUGCUUUACGUACCGGAUAUACUCGCGUGGUGGGAUCUGGUUGGCGAAGCGGCACGUGUUGUUUUCACCUCCCUUAUGAAGGGACUGGAUCGAUCUGUUCACAUGCUCUUCCUCUCGACCGUCAACUGUAGCACUGAUACCAUACCUGUGGAGAUACUGGAGCUGUUCGAUGUUCAUCAGAGCGAGAUGUUCGAGGUUUCGUCGCCGGGACCUGUGGAGAGACUAGCCUAUUUUCAACAGAUCUUCACGAAAGUCCAUGGAAAAUCUGACAACAUUUCGAACAGAUCCUCUUACGUGGACUUUGUUCAAGUUCUCGGGCCGACAAAACCGAAAGCAGAGCUCAGAAGGCCGAAGGAGGUGGAGAUCAUUGAGGCACCCGUGACGAGGAGACGGGCGGAGGGGAAAGCUAGGACGAAAUUGAGCGCGGUUCAGACGACGAGUUCGGGGCAUGCGGCUAAUACACGAAAUGGUCUGAAGCGAGUACACAGUGCCUCAGGCGAGGGUACCACCUCAAAACGCCAUAGAGUGUCCGGAGACAGCAGACUCAAUUCAAUCGAGGAUCUCACAGAGCUACAGGUGCAGGACCUACUGGAUCGAACAGUGGAGUACACAGACGGCUGGACUUGUCAUCAGUUGGAGACACUUUAUGCAUCCCUCGAGCGAGUCCUCGAAAACUCCCAGGGGGAUACCUUCACUUCCGUCGCCGAUUGCCUCGAGAGUUUUCGGAAAAUUCAACGAUCCCAUGACAAUAAUAGCUAAUUAAGGAUUUCGAUUGUCCACAGUUCUCUGUGUUGUACUAUAGUAAACGUGUAUUAUGUCUGAAA